AUGCCCCCCAGAAGCUCGUUGACCAGCUCCUUCUCGGUCACCGACGCCAACAAUGAAGUGGUGUGUCCCUUGAAGAAUAACGAUGGCUCCAAUUGUCGCAAGAGAUGUCUCGGAGAAAAGCGCUAUCGCUCCAUGCAGGAGCACAUCCGACGUGCGCAUCCGAACCACUACAUCCCGAAGCUCCCGGCUACCGAAGAGAGCUUCCUCUUGAUGGUCAACACCCCGCCGGACCAACGGACCCAACUAUCACCACCUGAACCUGCACCACCUCGUCGUCGACAUGGUCACCAUGGUCACGGUCAAUUCCAAGGUUGGCUUCCCUUCUGUGCUCUGCUACCCACAGAUGUGGCGGAUAGAGACAUCUACGUCGCCGACGCCAGUUCCCCGGCUACUCCUCGAGCUCUUGAUGAACCUCACCCAGCUGCUGCCACUGCUGCUGUUGCCCUCGCUCAAUUACACCAUCACCGUUUAGCUUCCGACUGGGAUACAGACAUGGAUACCCACUCCGACACCGAACUCCAUCCAGGCCCGAUGCGCUCCUCUAUUGAACUCCCAUCGCUGCGCGACCAUUUCAAGCAGGAAUCCCUCCCACCAUUCUCAGCGCCUCGCCCGCGAGAACUUCUUCCGUCCAUUCUCAACCAUUCUCCCCCGCGAAAAGACAAGUUUUCCCGGUCGCGCAAAUCAUCCAUCUCACAAUCGGCCCGGAAACCCAAGCAUGAACGACCCAGAUCGAAGGAAUUUCCUCGGCGACCAAGUCUCGGUGAUCGCAAAGCUCUUUCGGCAGAGCCGCAAACGGCCGCUUGGGCCCAGGGCAAACGCUGGGAGGAUUUGAUUGAAGCGGCGACUUCUGCGACCGAGGCUGAUGAUGAGAGAUACUCCGAGGCUGGUCGAUCGCCUACGAUCGCUCCACUUCUCGCCAAUGUGACAUCAGCGCCUGGAGCCAAGAAUCGGUCUUCACUACCCCCAGCUUUCCAAUCGGGACCUGGACUUCCCCCGCUGAGCUCGCACCGACAAUUCCCGCCUCAUUCUUAUGCCGCUUCGCCUUUGCACAAGUCACUUACCCCGCCACCAUUUGAAAGCCACCGCGGCCGGGAUAGCGACCUUGAACCAUUUCCAUCCAUCGAAUCUUCACUUGAUUCCAUGUCCACAGCAUCUGGAAAGAACUUCCCGUCAUCCGCAUCAGGUCCAGCCCACUCCGUCAAUUCCGAUUCAAGUCCAGUCUUGAAUCUCAUUCCGCCAGUUUCUCAACGCCAACAUCACCGCUUUUCCAACCCAACGCCGUCCUCUUUCCGCAACAAGGAGAUUCAAAUUUAUUGCGCCCAGUGCAAGCGCCCUUGGGCGCUCAAUGAAUGCUACGCCUGUACAGAAUGUAUCUGUGGAGUCUGCCGUGAUUGCGUUGGCAUGUUCAUCACAACUCCACCGACUUCCUUCCGAAGUCCAGGAAACGGUCCUCUCAACAUGCCGCCUGGCCCAACGAGCUAUCCGAAUCCGAGUGCUGCUCGGGGAUGCCCGCGAUGCCGGACAGUUGGCGGGAAGUGGAAAGCUUUCCAGCUAGACAUUAAAUGA